AUGCCUUUAGUUUCAUCAUUAGCUACAAAACUUGCACCACCGUCCACCAUAUCGUCAUCAUCCCGUCGUCCAUCUGCACCACUUCAAAUAGUUCUUCGUAAUCCGCCCAUAAGACGUCGUUUAUUAUAUGGUAGUAGUAUAAGUAAUACACCAUCACCAACAAUAUCUCCAUCCGACAUUUUUUCACGAUCAUCAAAAUCUUCAUCAUUGAAUGAUACACCACAAACACCUGAACCACCAUGUUCUUCUCAUUUAAAUACAAAUAAUCAACAUAAUCAAACAUCAGAUACAAUCAAAUGCAAUAUUAAUCGAUCAAGAUCUUUAAGACGAAAAAAAUUAAUAAAUAAUCGUUCAAAUUCUUCUGAUGUUCAUUCAAUAUUAUGUUCACGAUCUUAUCAAAGUCAUGUAUCAAACGAACAGGAAAUUAAUUCAGAUUAA